GUGGGGCAGCAGCUGCUGGAGCUGGAGGUGCUGCGGGAAGUGCCGGAGUCUGGGGUGUACCUGUUCGAGUGUACGUACACCCGAAAGUUCGUGCUGCAGCAGCAGCAGCAAACAGCAGUUUCGAAUUUUCUCUUCAAAUGGACCAAACCCGCAGCAGAGCCUUUGCCGCUCGUCGAGUACUUGCUGCGCCAAACCCUCGACCUCCUCGGUUCGCACAGCGCGGCGGGGGGUUUGGUGGAGAGCCGGGGUGUAUGUACAGACCCGCGGUGUCUGCAAGUGUUUUUGAAUUGCUGCGAAUUGCAAACCACCAUUUUAUUUUCUCUGCAGCAGCAGCAGCAGCAGCACUUGGCCUUUUUCCUCAACCUCUUCAACCUCGCCCACACCCUCGCCCUCCUCCAG